AUGACAACCCUCACAGACCCAACCAACGCAACCCGCGCAACCCCCAGCAUCCCCAUUGACAAAGCAACCCUCCACAUCGGCAGCUCAACCUUCAUAACCGCCCCCUCUCACGAAGUCUGGGCCGCCCUAACAAACACCUCAACUUGGCCAAGCUGGAACACCUUCGUACCACGCGUAUCCAUCCGCUCCCAGCCAGCCCCAGACCCAUCUCCAUCCACCUCCGCACCAGACCCAACACCUGCAUCAACAGCCACACCAACCACCCAAUCAACAAGUACAGAUGCAAACACAGCUCUAUCCCCAAUUCUCCAAAAAGGAACAAAAUUCACCUUACACGUCCGCAUGGACUCAACCUCCACCAAGCCCCAGCCGGCAACAGAUGUACAUGUCUACGUCAGUGAAUUCAGAGUGCCGAAUGCGGAGACUGGCGAGGUCGGCCGUAUUGUCUGGUGCGCCGACCACGAAGCAUCGGGUUCAUUCUCGCCGUCGCUUUUGAAGGCGGAGCGCGUGCAUGAGAUUACGGCUGUUGAGGGUGGGACGGAAGUGCGGAAUUGGGAGGCGCAGGUUGGGUGGUUGGUUUAUGUGGUGCGGUGGAUGUACAAGGCUAAGCUGGAGGCGAAUUUUGAGAUGUGGGUUGCUGAUUUGAAGGGAUUUGUUGAAGGGGGCAGUAAUGCUGGUUCUUCUUGA